AUGGACCCCGAACUCCCAGAGGAUCUGUUCUUUGACACACCCCCUGAACACACCGACUACCCACAAGACCACAUCUUUGGGAUUCCCCAGGGAGUAAUAAAAGGUUACGGAGCGAUCACAGUUCUACUAGGACUAGUCCUAUUCCUCUCACUGCAGUGGUUACAAACGUCCAACCUUCCAACCAUCAAUGCCUACCCCGGGGACUUCAGGAAGAAAAAAGCGCGAGCAGUAUUUCUUUCAGACGCGAAAAACCUCCUUCAGGAGGGGAGCAAAAAGUUCAACGGCCCGUUCCGUAUCAUCACCACUCUUGGAUCUCGAGUUAUACUUCCCGAGUCUUGGACUUUAUGGGUGAAGAAUUGUCGGAUCUUGACCAUCCUCAGCUUGUUCGCGAUACUGGCACCCCAUAGACUUCCCCAGGACAUGAUCCAUUUCAUCGCCCGCAUAUCAUCAUGUAUCUUCGUCGGACCUGAGCUAUCUCGCAACCCAGAAUGGCAAGACAUUAUCGUCAACUACACCCUCACAUUCUUCUACAGCGUGCGCGCUCUGCGCCACUGGCCCGGCUUCCUUCGUCCUGUCAUCCACUGGGUAGUACCCGAAUGCCGCAGAGCACGGUACCAAGUCCGUCGAGCCCAUGACAUCCUCACCCCUGUCUUGGAGAGCCGAGCAGCGAUGAAACAAGCCGCAAAUGCCGAAAAUUGCAGUUUGAAAUUCGACGAUAGUAUCGAAUGGAUGGAGGAGGUAGCCAGAGGUCGGUCUUUCGACCCCGUAGCUGCGCAGUUGGGUAUGGCAAUGGGUGCAUUGCAUACUACGACGGAGCUUAUUAAACAGACUAUCUUGGAUAUAUGUAUGCAUUCGGAGCUGAUCCAGACCCUACGAGAGGAAAUUAUGAAUGCGGUCGGGGAAAGUGGAUGGACGACAGCAGGAUUGUUCAAGAUGAAGCUACUUGAUAGUGUCAUCAAGGAGACUCAACGGCUGAAACCUGGUGCUCUAGUGAACCUUGAGCGCAAAACUAUUAAUAAGGUCACUCUCCCGAACGGUAUGGUUCUUCCCUGCGGCACCAGCGUCGCAGUGGAAUGUACCACCUGGUCGAACGCAGAGACGUAUCCCUCUCCUGAGGAGGGCGAUACCACGGCGGUUCUAUCGUCAACUAGUCCCAAACAUGUCGCGUUUGGGAUCGGACGGUCGAUUUGUCCUGGGAGAUUCCUCGCAGCCAACGAGGCUAAGAUUGUGGUGGCUAAGAUCUUACUUGAUUAUGAUAUUCGACUGGAGGAGGGUAUCAGCCUUACGUGGUUCAUUAUGGUUUUGAGAUGUUGA